AUGGCGCCGGUGAGACGCACGUCGAGGAAGAACGGAAUAAGGCUCGUCUCCUCGGAGGCGCUGACCGGGCUGCGGGAGAUGAAGCGGGAGAAGGAGAGGCGGGCGCCGUUGGCCCGGGACGUGAGGCUCCUGCUGCUGCACCUGGAGGCCGUCCAGCGGCAGGCGGAGCAGCAGCUCCGGGAGAGCCUCAGCGCCCAGAGCCAGAGCCAGAGCCAGAGCCUCAGCGCCCAGAGCCUCAGCGCCCAGAGCCAGAGCCUCAGCGCCCAGAGCCUCAGCGCCCAGAGAUACGCCGCGCUGGCCCGGGUGGCUCUGGCCCGGGUCAUCCUCUUCAACCGGAGGAGGAGCAAAGAGGUGGCCUCCAUCCCCGUGGAGGCCUUCGCCUCAAGGAAGCAGCCGCAGGCGGACGCGCUGGAGGACCUGGACCCCAGCGUCUCGGGUCUGGAGAGGACUCUGUGCGGGUUCUUCCCCCGGGUGGAGGUCCGGGGCAGCUCGGGGAGGAUGCUGCCCGUUCUGCUCAGGCCCUGUCUAGAGUCGUCCCUGGAGCUGCUGGUGGGGUCGCGCGCGGCGUGCGGCGUCUCCCGCGGCAACCCCUUCGUCUUCGGCCGGCCCGGCGCGCCCAGCGCCUACAGCGGCUCCGCCUGCGUCCAGAUGUUCGUCAGCCAAUGCGGCGCCGAGCGCCCCGCCGGCCUCACGGCCGUCAGCAUCCGCCGGCACUACGCCGCCGCGGCGCAGCUCCUGCAGCUGGACGAGGGCGAGGCCGCGCGGAUAUUCGGCCCCGACCACCAGAUCCACGUCCUGAGACAGGACGCCAUGUGUGACGACGCCCACGCCCAGUCCCUAGUGAGAUUGAAGCUUGGGGAAGGACAGCAUGGCUCAUAUGGCGAAGAGGCUCAAACGUCCGACUCAUUAAGGAAACGAGACUCCCACCACAGGGCCAAACUGAAGUGGGAGGAAGAGGAGGUGCGAGCCGUGGAGAGACACCUGAUGAGGCUGAUCCGGGAGGGCCGGGUGCCCCAGAAGAGCGACUGCGUUCGGUGCCUAGAGGCGGAGCCGCGGGCGCUGAGGACCCGCUCCUGGAGAGGAAUCAAGGACUACGUCAGGAACAGGAUCACCACCCUGCAGAGGCAAGAGGGCUCCCUCAGGAAACCCUCCAACGGCAGUAAGAGGCAGGAGGAGCCCCGGCAGAGGACAGGUGACCUACAGCUAGGCGCCCAGAGCCAGAGCCUCAGCGCCCAGAGAUACGCCGCGCUGGCCCGGGUGGCUCUGGCCCGGGUCAUCCUCUUCAACCGGAGGAGGAGCAAAGAGGUGGCCUCCAUCCCCGUGGAGGCCUUCGCCUCAAGGAAGCGGCCGCAGGCGGACGCGCUGGAGGACCUGGACCCCAGCGUCUCGGGUCUGGAGAGGACCCUGUGCGGGUUCUUCCCCCGGGUGGAGGUCCGGGGCAGCUCGGGGAGGAUGCUGCCCGUUCUGCUCAGGCCCUGUCUGGAGUCGUCCCUGGAGCUGCUGGUGGGGUCGCGCGCGGCGUGCGGCGUCUCCCGCGGCAACCCCUUCGUCUUCGGCCGGCCCGGCGCGCCCACCGCCUACAGCGGCUCCGCCUGCGUCCAGAUGUUCGUCAGCCAAUGCGGCGCCGAGCGCCCCGCCGGCCUCACGGCCGUCAGCAUCCGCCGGCACUACGCCGCCGCGGCGCAGCUCCUGCAGCUGGACGAGGGCGAGGCCGCGCGGAUAUUCGGCCCCGACCACCAGAUCCACGUCCUGAGACAGGACGCCAUGUGUGACGACGCGCACGCCCAGUCCCUAGUGAGAUUGAAGCUUGGGGAAGGACAGCAUGGCUCAUAUGGCGAAACGGCUCAAACGUCUGACUCAUUAAGGAAACGAGACUCCCACCACAGGGCCAAACUGAAGUGGGAGGAAGAGGAGGUGCGAGCCGUGGAGAGCCACCUGAUGAGGCUGAUUCGGGAGGGCCGGGUGCCCCAGAAGAGCGACUGCGUUCGGUGCCUGGAGGCUGAACCGCGGGCGCUGAGGGCGCGCUCCUGGAGAGGAAUCAAGGACUACGUCAGGAACAGGAUCACCACCCUGCAGAGGCAAGAGGGCUCCCUCAGGAAACCCUCCAACGGCAGUAAGAGGCAGGAGGAGCCCCAGCAGAGGACAGAGUCUUCCAAAGUGAAGCUAAAGUGGGAGGAAGAAGAGGUGCGUGCGGUGGAAAGACACCUGAUGAGCUACAUCGAGGAGCAGGAGGUGCCCCCGAAAAGCGACUGCGUUCGGUGCCUGGAGGCGGAGCCGCGGGCGCUCAGGACCCGCUCCUGGAGAGGAAUCAAAGACUACGUCAGGAACAGGAUCACCACCCUGCAGAGAUGUAAAUCUUAUUUCUCUGGAUUCCUCACAGAUUCGACCAAAGCCAAACUGAAAUGGGACCCGGAGGAGGUGCGUGCGGUGGAGGGACACCUGGCGGGCUUCAUCCAGGAGGGCCGGGUGCCCCAGAAGAGCGACUGCGUUCGGUGCCUGGAGGCCGAGCCGCGGGCGCUCAGGACCCGCUCCUGGAGAGGAAUUAAGGACUACGUCAGGAACAGGAUCACCACCCUGCAGAGGCAAAGGGGCUCUGCCUCUAAAAGCCUUUCCUCACCAGAGGAACCGCCACAGAGUGCCAGGACUUACCAGCAGCUGUAG